GCCAAAAUUUACGAGUGUCCACCCAUAACUCCACUCGGCACCGCACCCUCGAGAUACAACUCUUUUCCCCCUGUAUCAGCCUGUACACUUCACACUGGCUUCGCUUCCUUACAGAUUUAAAGCAGGCGGAAGUAGCAACAUGGCACCCAUGGUUGCCCAGCACCACCACAGGAGCACCACAAAGCAGCCGCACAAGGCCUUCAAGUCGCGCCAUGCCAGCAAGAGUGCUCUGAAAGAGCGUUCAAAAGGCAAGGUCGAAGGUUUUGAACUCGGAAGCCGGAAAACGCCACAUCAACAAGUCAUGUCCAAAUUCGACCGCCGCAAUCGUGCAAAACAGCUUCGCAUUAAUAAGGACGCCGAACAUGCAAAAGCCUCGAACGUUUUCGCUGGAAAGGAUGGAGCGCCGCGCGUUGUCGCGGUCAUUCCACUUUGUGGAGAUGUUUCAGCAUCAGCUGCAGUAAAGAGCCUGAACUCGAGCCUCGAUAUCGAAGACGAAGUACCGGAAGCAGGCUGGAUUCGUACAACCGUGGACCGUUUUAAACAGAAAGUACAAUACCUUGUCGUUCAGAGGGACUUGAUAGCCUCGCUCGAUGCUUGCAGGAUUGCCGACUUUGUCGUCUUCAUUCUCUCAGCAAAUGAAGAAGUCGACGAGGAAGGGGAGACGAUUCUGAAGGCAAUUGAGAGUCAGGGUGUUUCCAAUUGCUUCACAGUAGUACAGGCUCUUGACUCGAUAGAGCCCGCAAAGCGAAGGCCUCAAGUCCUUGGAUCCCUGAAAUCAUACAUCUCCCAUUAUCUUCCGUCAACUGAGAAAGUAUUUUCUCUAGACACCCGACAGGAUGCUUCGAAUCUUAUGCGAUCGUUAUGCAACACGACCACCAAGGGUGUCAGAUGGCGAGAGCAAAGAAGCUAUAUGUUCAUUGAAGAUAUAGCUUGGCCUGGCGCGAAGUCGGCUGUGAGCGAGGAUGGCACAGGCGAUGUUGUACUGACAGGUGUUGUUCGGGGUCUGGGCUUGAAGGCAGACAGGUUGGUUCAAGUCGGUGAUUGGGGUGACUUCCAGAUCGACAGCAUCACAGCAGCGCCACUAGAAGUGCGCAAGAAGGGAAAAGAUGACAGUAUGGAUAUGGAUUCCGAGGUUGACAACGUCCUGGAAAGACCCGGCGAGGAUCAGGACGACUUGGCCACACUUGCACCCGAGGAAACGAUCAUGGAAGAUGCCACUAGCUACGCCGUUUCUGUUGCACCCUCAGAACGUAAGGGUGUGCUCUUGGACGAUCAUCAUUACUUCUCAGAUGAGGGCGAUGACGCUAAGGAGCGCAAACCAAAGAGGCUACCCAAAGGAACUAGCAAGUAUCAGAGUGCAUGGUACCUCGAUGAUGUUUCCGACUCAGGCUCUGAUCUUGAGGAUUUUGACGAGGACGACUUCGAGGACCAGGCGAUGAGCGAGGCUGCCCAUCCGGCUGAUGGCGUUGAGGGUAUGGAUAUCGACGGUCGUGCCGCAACAGAAGCUGGUCCUUCUGAGUAUCCCCAAUCCGAAAUGUUCCUAGACCCUUCCCCCGAGGACGAAGCUGCAGACAUUGAAGCGUACCGCCAAACCAGGAAGGCUGAGGCAGACGAGGAUCUUGAGUUCCCAGACGAGAUCGAGCUGCACCCUAACGUGGAUGCCAGAGAACGUCUCAUUAAAUACAGAGGACUGAAGAGUCUCAAGACCAGUAUUUGGGAAACUGAGGAAGACAAACCGUACGAACCUGAGGAGUGGGCUCGGCUCCUCGAAAUUGGAGACUACAAGAGGGCAGCUACGAGAAUAGUUCGAGAGGCUUGGGCUGGAGGAGUCAAACCAGGUACAAGAGUCGAGGUUCGCAUUCGAGGUGUUCCCCUUUCUUUCCAACAGAACCAGUCGCGCCCAAUCGCGCUGUUCUCAUUGCUCCGUCACGAGCACAAGCAGACUGCAUGCAACUACAGUAUCCUGCUCAAUUCAGAGUAUCCCCAGCCUUUGAAGUCCAAGUCAGAGCUUAUUGUUCAGUGCGGUCCAAGGAGAAUGAUCAUCAACCCUCUCUUCUCCCAAGCUGGAAACACUCCGAACGAUGUUCACAAGUUCGACCGAUUCUUGCAUCCAGGUCGCUCGGCCAUCGCAUCUUUCAUCGGCCCCGUUACCUGGGGCAAUGUCCCAGUGCUCUACUUCCAGCGAUCGGCUCCUUCUGAAAUGUCAGACAGUAAUUCCGAGGAGCAAUCGGCAUCGAAGUCGCUCCAGCUCAUCGCAACCGGCACAAGCCUGCCACCAUCCACCAACCGUGUCAUCGCGAAGCGCAUUAUCCUUACUGGCCAUCCUCUCAAGAUCAACAAACGCGUAGUAACAGUGCGUUACAUGUUUUUCAACGACACGGACGUGAAGUGGUUCAAGAGCUUGCCUCUGUGGACAAGGAGAGGAAGGAGCGGUUUCAUCAAGGAGAGCCUGGGAACGCAUGGAUACUUCAAGGCUACGUUUGAUGGAAAAAUCAACCCCAUGGACGCUGUGGCCGUGAGCUUGUACAAGCGAGUAUGGCCCCGGCCGGCGAAAUCAUGGCAACUGUAAGGAAGGGUUGAAAGGACAAAGUAAUGAUGAAUAGAAGGAUGGCAUAGAUUUAAUGAUAUCAUGACCCGACAUUUCUUAUAGAAGUUUGAAUGCCUUAUCAAUAAGCAAGAGGUCGUACAGCUAAAAAGUACUUGUUAAACAUUUUUUUCUUUCUAAUGCUCUGACUCCGAGGGUAUAUAUC